AUGGGACGGACCCAGAGACGCCGAGCGGCUGCGCCCCGAUCCCGACAGAGGCGACGACGCUCGCAACGCGGGGGCAAGUUAUUUGAUGUGCAAAAGCUGUUGAACAAGACAGGGAUGGAAUUUCAUUGGCCCAGCUAUCAGUACAUGGGACCCGGCACCCAUAUAAAAAAACGACUGGCCCGCGGGGAUCCCGGCAUCAACCGGUUAGACAGGAUUGCCAAAGCCCAUGACAUCGACUAUGACAAGGCCAAGAACUUACAAGAUAAAUGGGUGGCCGAUCGCAAGAUGAUUGCCAAGAUUGAUCGACCCCCCGGCCGCAAAACCCUGACGGAACGUAUUGUUAAAAAUAUCAUGAAAGCUAAACUCAGGUUGGGCAUGUAA